AUGGAUCGCAAGUCGCAAGUCGCAAGUCGCAAUGAUUCUGCAGAGACGCCGAGACUCGGUCUUCGACCAUCACGUGCGCGUGCUUUGCUGCCAAAGGGCCGCACCCAAACGGUCACACGGCACCAAUCACAAAUCUUCAUUUUCGAUGUACAAGCACCCUUCCGUCCGCCGUUUGAGAUGCACACCACCGACACUGCCAGUGACCCUGAUGAUCUCGCUAGUAUUCGCCACAUGGAAGUGAGAAGGAUGUUGAGAGACGAGCCAGUCAGCGAGCGUGGGUCGCGUGGGACAUCCGACGACCAUGAAGCCGCGUUCAUCGGCUAG